AUGAAUAAAAAAUUAGAAAAGAGUUUUUCUUUUAUUCGAAAUUUCGCUGAGAAAUAUAAAAAUGUUAUUUUUCACGGCUUCAAAAAAAGAACUGUGAAAACAAUUAAUAAAAAGAAUCGAAAGAAAAAAAAACAAAAUGUAACAAAUAUAGUGGACUUAAAAUUCAAAAAUCCAUUUAUUAAUGAAGAAAAAAAAAGGAAAUUGGAUAGCUUCUUAAUGGAUCAAGAAAAUGAAUUGGAUUUACAUGAAAAUUACACCUUAUUUAAUAAGUAUAAUAUGACUUCAGAUAAUUUAUUUUUUAAUUUAAAAAACGAUAAUCUACUUAGUAAUAAUAAUACGAGUGGAACAUUUUUGAAAUCAUUGAAUAUAGAAAACAAAAAUGAGAAUUUAAGUGAUGAUAAAAUAAAAAUUAAUUAUCUUGAUUCUUUAAAUUCAUUAGAGUUAAAAAUUAAACAAGAAAUUAAACAGAACAAUGACUUAUUAUCAAAACAGAAGAUGAUGAUGGAAUUAAACGAAUACCAUUAUAAAACUCAUAACAACGGAAAAAAAAGUGGAGUGCGAAUAAAAAGAACUAAUUCACAUUUAAAUAAGGAUUCCAAUAGAAUAUAUAAAAGACGAAAAAAUAAUGAAUCACAAUUAGAUAAUGUAAGUACAAAAUCUAAGAAUAAAAAAAAAAAAAAAGGAUAUCCUAAUAAGGAUAAAAGUUAUAGUAAUAGUAGUAAAAAUAUAAACAGUAAUUCAAAUGUGGAUUCUAAGCAAAUAAAAGGAACGUGUUUGAUACAACAUAACGAGAAAAUUAUACAAAAAACAAAUCAGUCAGAUAAUGAAAACAUGAACUUAAAUACGGAAAAUAUAUUACUUAAAAACAAUGAAUUGAUUAAGGAAAAUACGAAGAAUAAUUUAGUUUUUGGUAAAAAUAUAUAUGAAAAUAUAAAUGACAUGUUUCAUAAUGUUUUCGAAGUAAAUCAAGAACAUAAUAAAAAUGAUAUUAUAAAAACACCAAUUAAGAAUUUAAUGGAUAGAGAACAUACUAACACGUCACGUAAUAUAAAUAUUAAUAAUAUUGAUAAUAAUAAUAUAGAUGAUAAUCGUAAUACUAAUGAAAGUAAUAUAAAAGAAGUUAAAUCUAAUACAGAUCAAAAGGAUUGGGAACUUUUUCAUAAACAUAUAAAUAAUAAUGGAACACCUUUUAAAGAAGAUAAUACUUUCGAUAUAUUUUUCAAUGAACCAUUAGAAACUCCAUCUAUAUUUCAAAUAUAA